CACUCUUCCGUUUAUUGGCAAUUAGACGAAAAUCGACUUACAUGUCCCUACUUCAAUUUCCCCCAAAAAGGAAAAGGUAAACAUUUUGACGGUUAUGAAAACGAAUAACACGACACCACGGAGGAAAUUUGUGUGGAAAAUAAUCAAAGAAAUUGUGUAUAAAUUUAAUUAAUAAUAAAAUAAAUAAAUUCUCAACUUAGUGAGCGAAAAAACAAAUAAUAUAUUUGAAUUGUCGUGUAUCUCUGAGAGUGUAUAUUUUAAAAGAGAAAAUCAAUAAUUAGUGGGCCAACUCCUUAAACACCAUUGCACUAUUGCUUUGCUGUUGCUGCUGCUACUAAUGUUUGUUGUCUUAUAUAUAGAGUAGCACGAUUUGCCUCCCCACCAGCAACAUUGGCUGGUAUAAAUAAAACCAAUUGGGGCGAUUAUUCGGUUGCUUAGUGUGUCCAAAUACUCGAUUAUUCAUUACUUAUAAUGACAUAUGUAGAAAAAAUAUAAAAUUUAUCGAAUAAAUUUAAAAGGAAAAAGUUUUAUUUUAAUAAAAAAAAUUACCAAAGCAAAAGAGAGUUUUCCCUAACGACCGUCGGUUGUGUGAUACCCUACAAAUUUGAGAACUGCGAGAGAGUGUCCGUGCUGGCGCUGAGAGAGUGUGGUAUGCAAAUAUUUAGGGGAUGAUGAGCAAGAAGAAGCAUGUAUAUAUGUAGUUAAUGAGUGUGGUAUGUGAGAAGUUGUAGGUCAAUUCUUUUCAUUUAGAAAAUUAAAAAUUAACCAAAUUAAAUUUUCAAAGUAAUCAAACAUAGCUAUUGUCUAUUUAAAAUUUUGUAACAGUGCCAUCUAGAGGGAAAGUCGAACAGUGGCAACGUAAUAAAGUUUGUGUAAUUACAACAAAAGUGUGUGUGCUGUGCUGCAGUAAGGGGCCAAGAGGGGUAGUAAACAAAAUAAGGUGGUGGUAUGUCAAUGAACCUGUGAAGAAAAUAUAAAAAAUUACAUCCAGCCUAGAUGCAAACUACCAAGAAAGAAAAAGUGAAAGCCACCGAAGGAACAGUGCGAAGGAAACGUUGGAGAUCUUCCGUAAUUUGGGAUUGUGAUCAGCUGCUGUGCGCGAAGUAACAAAAGAAAAGAAAAAAAUUAAAGUAUAUUUAAGGCCUUGUCCUGUGCGUGUGUGUACAAAAAAGUAGCAAGAGAAGAAAAGCCCACAUCCCACAGUCGUUUCCACAUACAUACAACUAAAAAGAAUAUAAUUAUACGAAAAGUUUUGUGAAUGAAAAAUAUUUAAGAAUAAGUGAAUGAAAACGUCCCUCCCUUUUGCUGGGAACACCAAAACCAAACAUCCGCUGACACAAAUGAUAGCAGUUUAAGAAAGUCCAAUUGAAUUUUAAAGGUGGUUUCAAUUGGAAGUUUGUGUGUAUGUGCGUUAGAGGCAUUGUCGUCAUUGCAUCACUCUAUGAUAACAACAAUAGUUCCACACCAACCCACAAGGAAGGGGAAAGGAAACCUAGCAUUUUUUGUACAACUAAAGGCUGCAGGCAAUUUUCAUUCAAGAUUUCGGAAUUAAAGUAAAGCUGAUUUUGUCGGAUAAACUGGCUGGUUGUUGAUUACUGCAAGGCUAACCUGGUCUUGACCGAAAAAGAAACAACGUUCAACGUCCGUUCCUGAGUAGUAGCAAUAUUGCCGAGUAAAAUAUAACAAUAAAAGAAGAAACAAAAGAAAGACAGGUAUGUCAAUAUUUAAUUCAUGUAUUUGAUCUUACAUCGACGAUCUCCAAUUGAUUUCCAAAGCAACAUAAACAAAAGACAUUAGCUUCAAAUAUACCAAAAAAUAUUUAAACCUUACAUCCCGAACAACAAUCAUCGAAAGCCUAGAUACUGCUACAAUCAAAAAGAAACAUCUCCAUGGCUUACUGAUAAAAAUGAUCUGAUGAUUUCUAACUGAGCUCCUGUGUGCAAAGCGUGAGUGAGAGAGAGAAAGAAAAAAGAAGAGUGAACGAGCGAGCGGACUAGGAAAUAGUAGAGGGUUUACACACACACACACAAAUACAAAUUUCAAAUGACUUCAGAAGAUCUCUUGCAAGCCGGACAUGUCGUCAAGGAACGAUGGAAGGUAAUACGAAAAAUUGGCGGUGGUGGUUUUGGCGAAAUCUACGAAGGUCAAGAUCUAAUAACACGCGAACAAGUUGCUUUAAAAGUUGAAUCAGCACGCCAGCCCAAACAAGUACUCAAAAUGGAAGUGGCCGUUCUGAAAAAGCUCCAAGGCAAGGAACACGUUUGCCGUUUCAUCGGUUGCGGUCGCAACGAUCGCUUCAAUUAUGUUGUUAUGCAAUUGCAGGGUAAAAAUUUGGCCGAACUGCGACGUUCCCAGCCAAAGGGUGCUUUCUCUGUCAGCACAACACUGCGACUCGGACUGCAGAUACUUAGAGCAAUCGAAUCUAUACAUUCUGUAGGAUUUCUACAUCGUGAUAUUAAACCUAGCAACUUUUCAAUGGGCCGGCUGCCGUUGAACUGUCGAAAAGUGUAUAUGUUGGAUUUUGGUCUGGCGCGCCAAUACACAACGGGAACGGGGGAGGUGCGUUGCCCACGCGCAGCUGCCGGUUUUCGUGGCACUGUGCGCUAUGCCUCAAUAAAUGCCCAUCGCAAUCGGGAAAUGGGACGUCAUGACGACCUGUGGUCACUCUUCUAUAUGCUGGUCGAAUUUGUCAACGGCCAACUGCCAUGGCGCAAGAUCAAGGACAAGGAACAGGUGGGCCUGACCAAAGAGAAAUAUGACCACCGUAUGUUACUAAAACAUUUGCCUUCUGAUUUCAAACAAUUCCUCGAACACAUACAAUCGUUAACGUACGCGGAUCGGCCCGACUAUGCCAUGUUAACUAACAUCUUUGAACGUUGUAUGAAACGGCGGGGCGUCAAAGAGUCCGAUCCGUACGACUGGGAGAAGGUCGAUGCAGUUAGUGGGACAACGGUUCCUACCACCAUUACCUGUAGCCAAGCUAAUCAAACUAAUCCGGCUCAAAUUAAAAACGAUUACAUACCAGGCAAUAUAACCCAAAUGACUGUGGCCGCAUCCAAUAUAAGCGGCACCGAGCACCUGCCGCGUCAAAACGAUGUCGAUACAGCGCCCAUAGCCACCACAGAGCCCCUACAUAUCAAAGACAAGGUGAGCCGAAAACCACUGUCUUUGUACAUGUGUGCCAUAUAUCCGAACUAAACGCGAUGCUGAUAAUUAAGGAAAAAAGACAACAACAACCACAACCACAAAGAUAAACUAACAAGUUUAAAUAGAAGAAUAUUUGAAUAUGAAUUUUAUGUUGAAAUAAAGGAUAUUUCUGGUUAUGCAAUGCAACAAUAAUGCGGCUAUGACAAACAAAACAAAUAAAAAACUGCAAUUAUAGAGAAAAUAAUUACCAAAAAAAAAAAGAAACACAAAACAAUACCAAAAUUCUACCAAAUCCAAUGCAAAAUUACGAAAAGAAUGAGAAGAAGAAGAAGACAGCAACAACAAAAUCUCCAGAUUAACUUUACAAAACAAUGUUAUUAUUUGUUAAACAAUUGAUUGAUUGAUUGAUAUUGAAGAUAUGAUGAUAUGUUACAUUUGGACCAAUGUGUUUAUUUGUUCCAAUCUCCUCCUGGAUUUUUUUCAUAAAGAAACAUCGCCACACCACUCAAAUUCUGUGCAAUACAAAUGAAAAGUUUCACCCCGCGCCCAACUCAAAACCUCCUUAGCAAAACAAAAAAGAAAACAAAUUCAAUUCAAAUGUUGAUUGAAAUAUCCAAAUGGCUUUCAACAUUUGUUUCAUCUUCGAGACUGAUAACUAUAAUCAGCUUUCAAGAUUGCAUUUUAUUCCGAACCACAUAGUUCUUAUUUUUUGGAAGCUGGUGGAUCGGUGGUCCGUUGUGUGCAGUUAGCAGAUUUGGAGCUUGACACCGAAAUAUUAUUAAAUAGAUAUCACCAUGGACGCCCUGUAGCAAAUACAUACUUACUAUACAAACUCCUUUGCGAAUCAGAGAAAAGAACAUGGUCUAAAAUAUUUUGCAAUGGAUGACAAAAAUGACAAAUGUAUAUAUAAAAAAAAAACAAAAUGCCAAUUACAACCUCUCUCCUAAACAAAUUGAUGACGUUAAAUCACAGAAUGCAAAGCUUUGUGAAAUCUAUACUCCCUUAAGUAAAUGGAUUUUGAAUAAGUUUGAAAUCCUUUCAUCCUUGCCAGGAAUAAGGCCAUUUACCAAAACUGCAAUUGGCUUAUCAACAAAUAUCUUCAUAAUUUUUUGGGAUAUUGAAAUCCCAAUCUUCAACUGGCAAUGGUUGGUACUGUUCAAAAAAUUAAGGAAAAUCCCACAACGCUCUUAAAUUACCCGUAUCAAGAGAAAGGAUGAAACAAAGGCAUAGAAUAAAUUCCCAUAAAUGUUAUUGCUCAUUUCACCAUGGUUGAAUAUGCUACCCAACUUCCAUACAAAAUGAAUGAUGAUGGUGUCCUGAAGUCCUACAACCAAACAAAAUUGAUCAAAUGGUGCAGACCUCACAUCUAAAAACUGCCUUUAACCCAUAACGGAGCGAGAGAGAGAGAGAGAGCACUACUAAUUCAGUACAAAACACUAAUUCAGUAGUGCAGUGGCCUUGCCGAAAGCAAAAGGUUAUUAUUGUCAUAACUCUUGCUGCAUAAAGGUCCUAAUAAAGUUAAAUAAGAAACUCGAAACACGGAGAAGUCAACAUCUAGUCAAGUACCGCUGUGCGGGAACCGUAGCAAUCGACUGUGGUUUUUUUUUUU